GCCAAAGCCAUUGAACUAGAGUAGCGACUUUACAUAGGGAUUAUCUCUCAAUAAUUUUCUUCACUUUCUCUCUAAUUUUUCUAUCCCAGCAAACACUGAAACAGGAAGACUUCCAUUUCUCAGUCUCUCUCCUACCUUUGUACGGUUUACCAGUCCCAAAAAAAUCCAGAUCCUUUCGCUUCAAGUUCACCAUAUAUGCACAAAAUGGAUGUGUUUCUGUAUGUCUGCUUGUUUAUGAGGGAUAGUUCUGGCAGAUUUGAAGACUAGGAGGGUUGGUUUUUUCUUUGAAUUGAAAUAUGUAUGGGAGAAAGGCAUGCCAGCUGGUGAAAGAACUUGCAACUGGUGAAAAGGGGCAGCUCACUCCUUACAAUAGCGACCUGUUUGAUCAAGUAAUUGCAGAAUGUAGUCAGCAUCACCUCGAGCUUCAGUCCUUGAUAAGAAAAAUGCAGGAAGAAGGAUUGGAUGUGCAAACAACUAGAAAUGCAGAUCACUAUGGAGCGCUCAUCCACCACCUUUCUUUAGUUCGCAAUAAGCACUGUCUAAUGGCAUGUGUGUACAACUGAGCAGAAACUAUAUGAAGUUUGAUAUGGAAAGUAGGGCCUGUGCUUCCUCAAGAAAUUCAAGAGAAGCUCAGUCACACAGAGGAAGACUAUUUUAAGAAACAUGCUGGAACUUUGCAAUCCUAUAUGUCGAGACUUGACCUUGAUUUGACUGUGGAUAUGGUGCCACCCAAAGAUCCCUACAUCCAGGUGAGAGUCCUUGACGAUAUUGGUGUGGUACUAAGUGACGAUAAGACAACCAAUUUUGCUCGACACUCAGUGCACUUUCUUAAACGAACUGACGCUGAGCAAUUUAUUUCAAGGGGUUUGAUGGAGGAGCUCACCAGCUGACUUAACACCUUAUUUUCUCAAUGUUAAUCUCUUUCUAUGUAAAUGUAGAGAAGAGAUCAGUUAUGUCUUAGCAUUUCUUACCUGUGAAGGGUGCCCCUUUGUCAUUUUCUUUUUGAAAAAGGGCCAAACUUAGGUACAGGUUCUGCCCACAAAAGACCAUCAAGAGCUGUGAAGAGCUUUUAGAGUCUCCAGGCAAUGCUUCUAGACUGAAACCAAAUGGUUAUCUUUUUCAAUGCAAAUGGUUAGUUUGUCAUCAA